UAUUUAUAAGAAUUUCUUCAAACUCAGCUAUAAAUGCUCCAAUCCCUGGUCCUCAUCCCCAUCUCUCAACCAACCAACAGCUCAUCCAUGGCAGCAGGGAAGCUGGAGGGGGCUACGUUUUCUCUGCUUCAAGCCUUCCUUCUCCUCCUCCUCUGUUCCAACGUUCCAGGAACAGCUUUUGCUGCUAAGAUUAAUGUCGGAGGAGCGCUGAACUGGACUUUCGGAUUCAACUACACUGAUUGGGCUCUCAAAACUGCACCUUUCCAUCUCAACGACACCCUCGUGUUCAAGUACGAUCCUCCGAACGCCACAACGCACGCACACAGCGUGUAUUUGGUGAAGGAUUUGCAGAGAUUUAAUGGGUGCGACUUGAAGAGAGCGCAGGUGGUUGGGAAUGUGAUGCAGGGAGGAGGAGAAGGGUUGGAGUUUGUGCUCCGGAAGAGGAAGAAUUACUACUUCGUGUGUGGGGAGAAGCAGGGCUUCCAUUGCUCGACUGGUCUCAUGAGGUUCUUCGUUCGUCCUGUCAAACGCUGCGUGGGCUGAUUAGGGUUUUAGAAGUCAGGGAAGAUGCAGUGCGUGCAUGCUCUUGUCUUGAUUUGUUCUGCUUUCGCUCUCUAUCGAUCUCUAAUUAAUUACUUUUAUGUGCGAGUUAAUGAUCUUUGGGAGAGUUGUUUAGGCUUAAGCUUUUGUGAUUCUGCUUUAAUAUGACUGCUAAAGUAAGAUUUGCUUGCAAUU